AUAUAAGUAUAAAUAUAAAUGUAAAGAAUUCUGUUUUUAUUCAUAUUACUUUUUAUCAUAGUAUUAGUAAUAAUUAAUUAAUUGAAUAAUCAAUUUAAAUCAUGUCUGCUAACGAAUUCUACAACUCUGCUCAACAAGGCCAGUAUAACGGUAACCAAGACCAAGGUCAAGGUCAACAAUACUCCCAGGGUCAACAAUACUCCCAAAAUCAAGGUCAAGAUCAACGUCAAGAUGGAGAAAGAGGACUUUUAUCUACCGUCGCUGGAGGUGCAUUUGGUGGCUAUGCUGGAAAUAAAUUAGGUGGAAAUCACUCUAAAAUUGGUACAGUCAUUGGAGCUGUUGCUGGUGCCUUAGGUGCUAACAAAAUUGAACAUGCUGUUGAAAAUCAUAACAAUAGACCUCAGCAAUAUGGAAAUAACAAUUACGGUGGAAACUACGGAAACGAAGGUUACAAUCAAGGUGGAUACGGUAAUAAUCAAGGUUAUGGAAACCAAGGUGGAUACGGCAAUAAUCAAGGUUAUGGAAAUCAAGGUGGUUACGACGGUGGCCGUGAAGAACGUCAUCAUGGUAGACAUCACGAUAAACAUCAUGAAGGUAGACGUCAUGAUGAAGGAAGAUGGUGAUUGCUGCCAAGUUCUAUAGGUAAGUAUGUAAAUCUAGAGGAAGCUGAAUUAGGUCAAUUGUAGAGUUUUAUAAAGGUGUCUAUAAAAAAGUUAAAUAUAUCUACAAUUUC